ACACAACUGUUGGAUAACGUAAAUACAAACCUCCCGUGAACGCACCUCUUCCCAGUUACUAUAGAAACAAAGCUUAGCCCGGAAAAGCUAACGUUCGCUAGUUGACGACUGUGCUAGGUUAUGAGGAAUUAGUUAAUUGGGUUAAAAAUGGAGGAUCGUUACGCCUUUCUUGCUGAGUGGUAUGACCCCACUGCAGCUCUCCUGCGGCGCUACCAGCUGUUCUACUACCCCAAAGAUAGCUCAGUAGAAAUGUUUGAUGUAAAGAAUCAGCGAAUAUUUUUGAGAAGGACCAAAUAUGGUGACAUCCACCACGAGGACUUGUUUGUUGGGAAUCGAGUGAAUGUGUUCUCAAGGCAGCUAAAUCUGAUCGAUUACGGGGACCAGUACACGGCAAACAAACUCGGCAGCAAAAAAGAGAGAACUCUUGCUUUGAUAAAGCCAGAUGCAAUCACCAAGAUUGGAGAUGUCCUUGAGCUAAUAUAUACGUCCAGCCUGAUUGUGACCAAAGCCAAAAUGACAAAGCUCACAUGGAGCCAAGCGGCAGACUUUUAUGCCGAACAUCAGUCAAAGCCUUUCUUCAAUAACCUGGUGCAGUUUCUGUCCUCGGGCCCUGUCGUUGCCAUGGAGCUGAUGGGCGAUGAGGCCAUGUCAAUCUGGAGGAGACUCCUGGGCCCUGUAGACUCUGCUGUGGCGCGGAAGGAGGCGUCGCAGAGUGUCCGUGCCCAGUUUGGAACGGAUGGCAUCAAAAAUGUUGGACAUGGUUCCGAUUCACUCGCUGCAGCAGCAAAAGAGCUUGAAUUUUUUUUCCCGUCUACAAUUGGUCUGGGUCCCUCCAACACAGCUGUCUUUGCAGACUGCACGUGUUGCAUCAUCAAACCUCAUGCCAUAUCAGAAGGCCUGACUGGGAAGAUCCUCAACUCCAUAUCUGCAGCUGGAUUUGAAGUCUCAGCUCUUCAGAUGUUCAAUGUAGACCGGGCGAAUGCAGAAGAAUUCUAUGAAGUCUACAAAGGUGUUGUUAUAGAGUAUCCAAGUAUGGUGACAGAGCUGUGUUCUGGACCCUGCAUGGUUUUAGAGAUCCACGGCACCGACGCACCAAAGACCUUCAGGGAGUUCUGUGGUCCUGCUGAUCCAGAAAUUGCCAGGCAUCUUCGUCCAGCCACUCUGCGUGCGCUUUACGGGAAAGACAAAGUGAAAAACGCCGUCCACUGCACAGACCUCCCUGAAGACGGCGUUCUGGAGGUGCAGUAUUUCUUCAAGAUUUUGGAUGGAUGACUUAGAAAACAGAUUUCACUCCAGAGUCACAGACUUGACAGUUGUCUCAUUUUUCUGUUUAUUGUUUCAGCCUUUUGCAGAUUAAAUAAAGUGACAAGAGCAGA